AUGGAACUUACCGACGUCGAUGAAGCCCUAUUGAGUUGCCAGAUAUUGGCGAUUCCGUAUCCAGGUAGAGGCCACAUCAAUCCAUUGAUGAAUCUGUGCAAGCUCAUAGCUGCAACAUCCACACCAAAUCAUCUACUACAAAUCUCUUUUAUUGUUACAGAAGAGUGGUUCAGCUUUUUGAAAUCAGAUCCAAAACCAGAUAAUAUCCAAUUUCUAACUAUACCAAAUGUAAUUCCAUCAGAAAAGGAGAGAAGCAAAGAUUUUGAAGGCUUUGUGAAAGCUGUAUUUACUAAAAUGGAAGCUCCUGUUGAUAGUAUACUUGACGCGGUUCCAAAACCCAAUGUGAUUUUAGCUGAUUCGUUCUUACCGUGGGCCGUCAGUAUUGGGGAACGGAGGAAUAUUCCGGUGGCUUCAUUUUGGCCUAUGUCUCUCACGAUUUUCUCCAUCGUUUAUCAUCAUCAACUACUACUUGCUAAUGGACAUUUUGAAGCAGGUAUUGCUACUUGCCGAAUUGAUAUGAGUAAGAAACAUCUGAAUCUCAAUAUACAUUCAAAUAUUAAGAUAUAA